GUUUUAGUUCUAUCUCAGCAGUCGUCGGAAGAGGACGUGUUUUUAUACGGAGUGCUCUCUCGAAAGAAGUCGAAUCGAAAACGAGCAAGUUCUUUGUUUUGAUUGCAAGUCAGGAAGACAAAGUUAGUGCGUUUGGUCGUCGCAGCAGGCGCGUUGUGUUCGGAUAUUCGUGACUGACGGUGAUUAGCAAACCAGGACUUGGCAGUGGAAAACUUUAGUCGGAAAAAUCGCGAAACUUGUGGUUUCCCCAAUCAGUGACUUGUCGGGGGAAAAAUCCCUUAAAAUCUUGAACAAAACCAAAACGAAUACCGUUUUCGAAAACAAUACAAGUGUCAAAACAAUGGCAGUGGCGUUCAACGUUCCCUCGGUGCACGAGGACGACGAGGGCCAGUGGAAGCCGGCCAACCAGUUGGGGCAGCCGAACCAGCAGCCCCAACACCAACACCCGCACCAUCAUCAUCAUGUUGGUGCAAGCACGAACGUGUCGCAACAGGUUCGGCUGUCGGCCGAGAACGGCCAGCACCGGCUGGUGGCGGCCUUUCACCAGAUACUGGCGGCGUAUGCCCGGCACGCCAUUCUAGCUCAAGAGCAGCAGCAGACGACAACGACGACCACGUCAGUCCCGCCACCGUCUUGCGUGCAGUGCGAAAAGCUGCACUACCUGCUUCGGCUGCUCCACUGACGGUUACGUCAGUUUGUCCUCGAAGAGGACGCAGAACUUGCCCAAGUUCGCAACGUUAGCCAAAAACGUGCCAGGAUUAGCAACUACACCACUACCAGUACUACUACUACGAAUACUACAAACACUACUAGGAUAAAGCGCGAGCGGACGGUGAGCCGGAAGGAGAGAGCGAGAGACGAAUCUGGGUCAAGGUCAGGCGGCGGCGACGUUGGUGUUGGUGGAGCGGAUUCUCCCGUUAUCACCAACACCAGAAGCUGCAAGCGUCCCCGAUUGGGUUAGGACGUCGAGAGUUGUGAAUUUUGGUGCUACCGGCGAGGAGAUUGCGCAAACGACGAUGAUUCAUUGGCGUGUUUUUUCGGCGGCUGGUGGAGAAUCGUGGCAGUUCCUCGUCGAAACAAAACAAUUAACAAUUUAAGGUUGGCAGAAAUGGUGUGUGUGCGUCGAACGUUGGCUGUUGAGGAUGGUUUCACUUUUGUUUGUUUUUGGAAGAAUUUUGCAAGAAGCCGCAAAGGCACAACAACCGAGCAAUUUUAAAGGCUCACUUUCUGUACAUACGAGCAGCGAGCAUUCGUCAUAAGUCACGCUGUGAGAACCAAAGCAUCUGAUCAAAAGACAAACUACAAAGCAAGCCCUCUAACCUACCAUUUUAAGGUUUAGACUCUAAGCAAUUGUAAUUCUUUAAACCCCUCGUCGAUUGAAGGGGCUAUUUAUUAUCAUUCUGAUACAAACACACAAACAUUUUUAACUGUAUUUCAUCUAGAAAAGCGGCAGUAGUGAGCCGGAAGCUGUUAGUUUGUUAAGAAAAGCGUAUUGUGAAUCUUAGAUAUUAAGACGUAAAGCAAAACAAAAACAAAACAAAAAGCAACAAAGAAAAGCGCAUUGUGAUAUUGAGCAACUUCUUUUUUCUUAAUUUUUAAAUGUGACAUUUCUAUGGAUCGGAGUACAUCUUUAUAUUGAAUCGAAUCGAUUAAAAACAACACACAAAAAAGCAGCAACAAAAGACACACUUACAAAGAGCGAAGAAAGCACACAAAGAGAAAUAGAGAUAUUGUACAUAUUUAUUUUAAAAAUUGACAAAAAAGAGUUCUGUAAGAUUUUAAAGAAAGGAAAAAACCCUAGCAUAUACACAAAGAAAAUACAAAAGCAUUUUCAGUAGAAACAAGCAGCGUGUGAAACAAACACUUCUACAAUCAAUUUCAAUUCCUACUUGGGCGAAGAUACGUUAGUGUUAAGGUAAACAUUUUGUAAAACUGUAAGGAUUUGUGCUAACAACCCACACUAUACAAACUAUUUCAAUCAAAACAAGCUGCUACUACUUAAGGAUCGAGUGAAUCGUUUGUACAUAACCGAAUGCGGAAGAUUACUUUUGUUAGACCAAAAAUUAAGUGAAGAAAACAUAAAUAAAAAACAUACUUUAAAUAUUAUUGUCGGUUUAGUUUUAUCUGUUGGAAUCCUGGUACACACAAACACAAGCGAAAAAAAACUUAUUUGAAUUUAGUUAAUUGAAACAAAAAGAAAAGCUCAAAAAGCGCCCGCGUAAUGAAAUGUAAUUUUGCGUUGAACUGUCGACUGAUGGAGCAAGUUGAGUUUGAAUAAAAAAGACAAAAGCGA